AUGGCGACUACGUUUCCCGAGCCUGUGCCGUCGCCCGGGCAGUGGCCCGUGGACCCCCAAGAUGAUGUGCCCAUAUCUGGCGAUCGCAUUUGGGUCGAUGGCUGUUUUGACUUUAGUCACCACGGACAUGCCGGGGCAAUGCUUCAAGCCCGUAGAUUAGGGACCGAACUCUUCGUCGGUGUGCAUUCCGACCAAGCCAUUCUUGAGAACAAGGGCCCGACAGUGAUGACAUUGGAGGAGCGAGUAGCCGCAGUAGAGGCUUGUCGGUGGGCAUCUCGCUGUAUCCCCUGUGCACCGUAUGUUACAUCGUUACCGUGGGUGUCCCAUUAUGGUUGCCAAUAUGUUGUCCAUGGGGACGACAUCACUUCUGAUAGUAACGGUGAUGACUGCUACCGGUUUGUCAAAGCAGCUGGGCGCUUUCGAGUGGUCAAAAGAACCCCAGGAAUAUCUACCACUGAUCUUGUUGGUCGCAUGCUUCUUUGCACCAAGGGCCAUUUCAUCAAAUCAGUGAAAGGUACACUUUCUGGGGAAGAGGGCUCAGGCAGCCCGGGGGAGCAAAAAAGAUCCGCCAACGAACUUAUGCAGAGAAUCAAAGACUAUGCCACCGAUGAGAGUGGCUUGCAGCCUGGUCCCCAGGUUUGGACUUGGUCUGGUUCAAGCUCAGCUAAAAUUGAUGGUGUGGCUGAGGAAGCUGGGCUGUUUGAAACCCUCGUUGAUGGGAAGCUUCCAAGACCAGGACAGCGCGUUGUUUAUGUCGAUGGCGGCUUUGAUCUCUUCUCGUCCGGUCACAUCGAGUUUCUUCGACAGGUCCUGGCACUGGAGGAAUUAGAAGGCCACCAACGUGGCUGGUAUGAGCCCACGCAAAGAGCAGCAAGAAUUCAUGAUUAUGGAGAAGACUAUGCACCUGCCUACAUCGUCGCUGGCAUCCAUGAUGACGACGUGAUCAAUCAUUGGAAAGGUCUUAACUACCCAAUUAUGAACGUUUUUGAGCGUGGGCUGUGCGUUCUACAGUGCCGUUAUAUCCAUGCUGUCGUUUUCUCAGCACCAUUUUCCCCGACCCAGUCCUACCUAGAAGCUCUGCCGUCAGGUGUUCCCAAAGCCGUCUACCAUGGGCCCACAACGUUCAUACCCCUCACAUAUGAUCCCUACACUGGGCCGAAGAAAAUGGGUAUAUUCAAAGAGAUCAGUAACCAUGCUUUCCAGCAUGUGAAUGCUGGUGAAAUUGUUGACAGGAUCUUGAAGAGUCGAGAGGCGUAUGAAGAAAGACAACGAGCCAAGCUUCAAAAAGGGGUUGUCGAGGAGCUGACAAGGUCCAAGGAGGCAGCCAAUUAG